GGGAGGAGUGGGCCGGUUCUCGGAGUGCUCCUAGGGAGAGCGCAUAGACAGAAGUUCGUAUCAGUUUGUCUUACAAUUCAGUCCGUUCAGUCUCAAUAGCAGCCGCAGUGCAGGGGACGGACGCGCUGCCAUAACUCAGGAUACCCAGACAAGGUUAAAUCCUCCAGAAGUGCCAACACGCACCACAGCUGUAGUCCGAUUGCCACCACACCAGAACUGACUCGAGGAAUCUAUUGGACACUGAAAAGGACAACUUUAUUGUGUUUUUGUUUGAUUUCGUUUUUUUUUUUAUUGUGGUGGUCUCAGAAGUGUUGCGCUGGUUGAGAGAACCUUCCAACUUUUUUUUAUCAUCCCUAAAUCUGAAAGGUAAGACAGACGCUCAUUCACAAAAUAGUUUAUAUUUAGGCUAUCCGUGGCUCAUAUGAUCACGGCUUUAUAUAAAUAUUCCAUGAAGUGAAUUUAUGAUAAACCACAUCGAUUAAGAACUGUUCUUUAAAGCAAUAAGCUUGCGCUUUUGUAGCCUAUUAAGUCUAAAUGGUUUGUGGAGCGCUUUUUGGAGAGACCAUUCCAUAAAAAAUAAAAACAGAGAGGGACUCUCGGAAUAAAGAACGCUUGCCUUUGAAACGUCUGCCAGAUAGAGGGGAAGGGGUUUUGUGGUUUACAACUCCGGGAAGUUAAGGGUUUCAAAACACAUUUCAAUCAAGCCUGGGCUCGCAUGCUCUUUUAAUUUGCGUCCCUUAGUUUGGCUGUAUUUCACAGGGCACGAUGAAUGUCGCGUAAAAAGGAUGAACUUUUGAGGGAGUUGAAAAGGACACGCGGAAGGCAGUGUCCGGGCACUCGGGGCUCUGGGUCUGUGCGCAUAACGGAGUUCCCAUGCUCUCAGGGGUGACGGAGCACCCUCUAAACCCGCCAGACGCAAUUCAUCAAUAUGCGUUCUCGCCCCCUUCUAUAGUACGUGGCAUACAUUCUCUUCACUGGCCCUUUUUUUUAUAUAGUGGGCUGCGGAUGAACAUGCCACAAAUGUUGGGAAAAUGUUAGACUGGUCUGGGGCGUCAGUUUCUGAAUAGGAUAGUUUUCUUUUUUUACCAAUGAGCGAGCCCAUGCACCUGCAAGUAGCCUACCGCUAUCCUGCUCUGAUUCCUCCCCCACACACCAUCUCACAUUUGGGGAACUUACAUAAAAUUCCCUCUUAAAAUCUGGACAAAGUAGCCUACUGCUAUUGAAAUGUAUGAAAAGUAGUAAACAUAAUUUUUUGUUGGAUUUUUACAUAGUUUCUUAUAUUAAUUCGUACUUAUUAAUUUGUCUCUCGCGAUGUUCUUAGACAAGCUACUAUCUUAUUGUAGAUAAUAACAUGUAUUUGAGUUGUUAAUAUAUUUUAUUGAUAAAAAGUGUUAUUCGUUAAAAAUAAAUAAAUGUAGCCUAUAUUAAAUAUAUGUGUUGAGAAUGUUCCGCAGAUAUUUUAGAGGGGAAGGAAUUCCAUGUUCUGUGCUUCUGUUUUUCAGCUCAUCCUUGGUCAGACUCAUAUUUUUUUCAGUUGCAGUCCCCAUUGGGCUCAGGAGUAGUAUAAUGAGAGACAGACUCAUAAUGGGAAUUUGAAUAACUGUACUUAGUAGCAGAGAGAAGCCACACAGCCUCCUUUACUUUUUCAGGAGAAUGAAUAAUGAACAAAAGUCUGAAAAUGGGAAGGUCUGUGUUGCAUACCGUAACUAAACCGUGAUUUGCAUAUGAAAACUCUGGGCUGAAAGAAUUCCGCCAGUGUUGCUACAGCCAUUUAUGCGUCGGGAGAAGUGACGGGCUGCAGUGUAUAUACAGUCUCCUCGUUGGCUUUGCUUGUGCGGACCGCUGGACUGGGAUGUCACGUCCAGAGUCGUUGUUGGAAGAUUAAGGACAUAGCGACAGGUUUUUAUUCCCUUCCUUAAAUUAUUCAUCAUAUCCACCACACCCUCUCCCAGUGUCCAGGACAUUCACUCUGCAAAGCCCUCAUUAUGCCUCCUCAAAUGGACACAAGCAGAGGCAGUGCCAUCAGACUAGCGGCCGUAUCUCUCCUGAAGAAGGGGUCUGUGCUCUCUGUCCAGCGGAUACAUGAUUGACUCAUUUCCCACGAUGCUAGUCUGUGCCCUUAUCGUUGAUUUGCUGAUGGGCAGAGAGUGGACGACUUCUUUCCCAUGGUUCUUUUUGUGGACUAAUCUUGUGUGAUCUUCCCUUAAGUCACAAUGACAGCAAUUAAUUGCACAUCAGUCAGAGCUGCACCCCUAAUUUGAAUGGCUCAUUUGUAGCGCAGUAAUAGAAAGUGCCCCCGUGACCUGACAUGCUCCACCAUGCAACAUUCCAGGAUGCAGUGCUAACUGCAGGCCUCACUCAGAGAUGGACCAUAAAACAGAGAGAGACAGAGAGCGAGAGGCAAGGAUGGAAAAUACAGUAGGCUCCCCUUUCUGAACAUGCUAUUAUGCCAGGAGCAGCAGCAUAGUCUUUGUGGGCUGAUGAUGAUGUGGAUGGUUUGGAGACAGAAUGUGAGUGAUGAUGUAGACUUAUACACACUCUGGGUGAGAGGAGUUUGACGGUUUAGAAGACACACACACAUGCAGAUAAACUCACAUUCUGCGCAGACAAAAGUUCUGCCCCUGGACAGGGGCCCUAAACCACAGUCUCUACCAAUUCAUUAAUGAGCUGUUUGGCUCUCCAAGAGCACCAGACCUGCUCUUGGUUUGGCUCUCCAUCAACAUGGGCCCAGGUUAUGUGUGGUUGGUUCCAUCUCAGGCUCUGAGCCCUCAGCCCUGCCUGCCUGUCUGUAUCCCCAAUCCCCCAGUUGGCCCUGAAGUGACAGCUCAGCAGUGAUGGAGUCUGCUACUGAAGACCUACUGACCAUAAAUCUGCCUUCAGAGCGGCUUUAAGAAAACACACAGCGGCUCCAGGUCCUGUGAACCCUGCCAGGCGUCUCGUUGGGAGGAAUCCAAAAUGCCUCUUUAUUUGUGGUGAAAUAAUUGUAUUUUUUCCCUCCCGUCCUGCUAAUGAGCUCCAUGUGGGAGCAGGCAGGAGGUUUACCCGUCCUGACAGGGAGACAUGGAGCUGGGGCUGGGAGGCUGGAGGGAGGAUGGAGCUGCGGGGCUGGAGGCUGAGACUGGGGUUGGGGCUGAGGCUGCGGAAGGAGGUAGGCAGGGCGACCCAAAGAACACAUUGGAGAGAUGGAGGGGGGGAUGUGGUAGUAUAGGGGAUGCCUAGUAUAAACACUCAAGGGCAUGCAUGGUCGCAUGGACACAGGCAGGCAAGCACACAGACAUGCACACACACAAUCUUCUUUUACAUACACAUGCUUAUACAUUCACACGUGUGAGCACAUUCAUAUACACACACACGCAGAGGUCCUCACACACACUCCACAUGGGUCUUUCAUGUUGGACAGUUGGAGGGCAGGACUACUGCAGUGCCGUGUGAAUGACAGGUGUAAGCUGCUCUGUUGUGCAUACAUGUUCACUGUCACUCAGAAAUUGCUCUAUACACGGAUUACAUGUGCUAGUCAUCAGUGUGUGCUGGCUUCACAUUGACUGACUGCCGGAAUACCAGCUCAGUCACGCACACUGACUCACCAACUGAUAUCAAACAGUACACACCAAUAACAACAACAAACACCUACAUCCUACAACCAAACUAAAUAUUCACGCAAUGACUUCUUUAACAUCUCAGUUGUUUGAUGUAUGGAUUGAUUGAGUAAUUGGUUGAUUGAUUAGUUGAUGAGAUUAUUCUUCACUUUGCUUUAAUCUUAGUUGAUGCAUUUAUAUGAACUAGAUGAUUGGUGUUAUUCUAACGAGUGUAUCCACCUGGGAGGUGAUAGUAUAGUUAGUCUAUUGUGUUAAUAUUGUUAUCUGGCUAAAUUGUCAUUCACGUAGUUCUGUUAAAGGCAUAACAAAGGCCCAGGGUGAACACUGCAUGGUUCAUGUUGUUGUUGCCAUAUAGGAAUUCAGGUGGAACAACCGCCUAUAAUUUAGGUGGUUAUUACAUAGUUAUUACUACGGGUUAUACAGUUAAACUGUGACAGACAUACAUAUUUCUAUCAUUAAAAUCUUAAUUAUGCUUUCUGCCUAAGCUGUUCAGUAUUAUUAUUGACCCCUCCCCCCACCCCUCAAGCUGACACAACUUCAUAGCCACGGGAAGUAGGGGUGCUGAGGGUGCUGCAGCACACCUUGAAUAAUCAGAAUUAAAAACAAAAAAUGCUAAAAAUAUAUAUAAUAAAAAAAUAUAGACGUCUGUAGUGCGGGCAAACAUUUUUUUCAGCAUCUCCACUUUGGCAAAAAAGUAGUUGUAUAAUUAAGAGCAGUAUCUUGCAGGAUUCAAUAGUUGGAAUUGUAAGAGUUGUUGCCCUGUCCCUUUCUCUGUGAUUGUCUUCUAAUGGAAUCCAGAAAGAACAAAACCCUGUCCUCAAACAUUUACAUCAAAAGGUGCAAAGUUAUGGGCAAAGCCACAAAACAUCCACAUCAAAUUAAAUAUUUUUCUUGAUCAAAUAACAUUGAAAUCAACCACUUUCUGGGCAGUAUUAAUUUACCAUCCUUACAAACCACUUAAUGUAAAUGUACAUUACUGUAUUGUACAUCGGCUGGUCGUCUUUGUGCCUGUAGACUUUCCAUCACUAUGAAGAAAAACAAUGCACAAUACAGUAAUUGAGUACAUUGAGACGUCCUGUGGUGUGGUUUGUGAUGACGUGAUGUGAUUAUGUGGCUCAAUUGCUAUGGUUGUGGGUUCGAUUCCCACGGGGGACCAGUACGAAAGAGUAUGAAAAUGUAUGCACACACUACUUUAAGUUGCCCUGGAAAACAGCAUCUACUAAAAUGGAAAAGUAAUGAAUAGACCAUUUCAGUUUUCACAUAGAAAUAAGUUGCAUUUGCAAACAUAUAUCAAGCAAGUAUUUUUAUAUUCCACAAGUAUUAUCAGAUGAACUGUUUUGUACAUAUAAUUAUCAGACUUAAGUUACAAAUGCUGGUAAACAUCAAAUAGGCCUUAGUUACAUUUUUUUCACAAAAGUAGUGUACUGGGCCUUUACUAGUCCUUUAUUAGCAGACCGAUAUAUAUAUGUCUUCAGCGCGGGCAAUUCUGUUUUUCUGCCCCCCCCCCCCACCCCGGCAAAAAAUCACAGCCCCACCCACAAUCUACUUCCCGCGGCUAUGCACAACUUGCCAUUUAUUAUGCAUUAGGCUUUUUUUCUUCAACGACCAAAAGUGCUUCAAGUUUUGAACAAUGUUCCAGUCGGAGUGAAACUGAAAAAUAAAUGAAUAUAUAAAUAAAUAAAAAACGGCAGCAAAACAAAGUUGACACGAUUGUGGCCGGCUCCGCCUUCAAAUUAUCCUCCCCCACAUUACCAUCAUACAUUCUCCCUUACUCUAAUUAAACAUUAGGCUUUAUUUGUUCCAGAUGCAGCUUUUUUGAAGUUUUAUUUUGGUAAAGAGAGAUAACUCCAUGGCCUGAGCAGUCUCAUGCAUGCACAACCAUUCCAGAUUCCAGCCUGUAUUCCCAUGCAUAUUGUCUGUGCUGCUCCACACAACCACAAGGCCCAGACAUUAGCACAGUCAAAUCUAACUAUAUUAAUUUGCAGGUGUCAUCUUUCAGUGAUGGCUCAUACAUGGGAUCUGAGUCUGGAUGAAGGAACGUAGCAUUUAGUGGUAACACUUCUCAGACUUGGGAUACUGCAGCACUUUGACCAACUCAAACCAAAGCCAUUGGUUUGAAUCAGUAUUACCACACGCGGUGGGCAAGUUGCUUACAUUGGAAACAGCACAUCAAGUGCAUGUUGGGUUAUGAUAACUACGUUCGCAAGCAAAUCUGAUGAACGAUACCACACUAACCAUUGAGAAAGCACAUAUCCCAUAUCGGAUGACAUCAGUCUGUUAGUGUCAUUGCGUGGGCUUGGUGCAGCAGGGACUGGGAGAGGCUUCUGGGAGCCUCUGUAGAGCUCUGUACAUACCACCUCAGCGCUGUCUCGAGUAUUAAUAGACAUUUCUUUGUUCCGCCCGACGCACUUCUGAAAUGGAAUGAGACAAGCUGAGGAGAUUAGGAUCUCCUCUCUGUGAGUCAAACCUCAAAGUACCACUUAGAAGGCUUUCCUCCGCCUCUCUGAAGUCUGACAGGAUGACGGGAGGCUCAGCUCAGACACGAGGGGAGAUGGACACACUGACAGGAGCUGUCAAGGGCUUUUCUCUGGAUUGUGUUUGAAAAGGAAGAUAAUGUAGUAAUGAAGCCAUGUUUGUAGCAUGGAAGUAUGACCAGCUUUGGAUUCUCUGGUUUGACUUAUGUCUCUCCAGAGGGAGGGAGGGGAGGGAGGAGAGAAUGUCUGUUUGACAAGGACAGAACGAGGGAGGGAUAGAGAUUACUGUAUAUGUGUGUGCGAGAGAAGAAAAAUAAGAUUAGCUAUAUUUGUGGGAAAGAAAUACAUGGAGAGCUAGGGUGGAAAAGAAAGAGGGAGAGAGAAAAGGAGGGCAAGGAAGAGGGAGAGAGAGAGGGAAGAGGGGUCAUUAAAAGGACACACUCUCACUUGCAGUAAAUGGCAGUAAAGUAUCUGGCUAAUCUGCCAUCAUUACCCUGAUUAAAUCAGCAGGGAUUUGGCUUUCCCAUCAGCUGCAAUCAAUGUGGUCAAAUCAAUAGACAGAGGAUAUCUGAGUGUUCCUGAGCCUCAGUAAGCUGCAUAGACCCGUGUACUGAGCCACAUCCCAUAGCUGUGGGGAUAUCUACUGAACAGUACACUGUAGCUACUGGUGCCAAUGUCUCCUCCUCUUCUAUCCCCUUAAAUCUAGUUUCUCUGACUUUGGGGAAGCCUUCUUAAACUAGCCACUGUCUUUCUCUUGCUCUUCUCCCUCUUUCUGGUCCACAUUGUCUUCUCUCUUUUUGUCUGCCUUCCACUUUCUCUUUUUUUCCAAGAGAUUGGGCAUCUAUCUCUCCAUCUCUGUCUCUCACUUUCCUCUCUUUGGCAGCGUCUUACUGGUUUCCCUUCCAUUCUGAGACUUAACAGGCAAAAUUGGAAGAACAUUUUCAAGUUCUUCUUCCAAGUAUUGAUUGAAAUAUUUCCAAUAUUCACUGUCCCCAUAGGAUAACCCUUUUCUGUUCCAGGUAGAACCCUUUUGGUUCCAGGUAGAACCCUUUUGUGUUCCAUGUAGAACCAUUUACACAGAGGCUUCUACAUGGAACUCAAAAGAGUUAUACCUGGAACCAAAAAGGGUUCUGCUAUGGGGACAGCCAAAGAACCCUUUUGGAACCUUUCUUUCUAAGAGUGUACUUUGGCGUUUCUAACUGUUCUGACAGUCCUGCAUUACUAUUUUGUGUGUUACAGGAAGAUGAGGCUGUGCUUGGGACCUCAGGGCUGGCCUCUGGCCCUGGCUCUAAUGCUGGGGGUUGUAGUGGGCCAGAAGCUGCCCACGCGUGAUGAGGGCCUGUUCCAGAUGCAGAUCAGAGACAAGACCCUGUUCCAUGAUUCCUCCGUCAUCCCAGACGGCGCCGAGAUCAGUGGAUACCUGUUCAGGGACACACCUAAAAGGUAACGAGUCCAGGUCUAUAGCGAUACGCAGGUUGACGUUUAUUGUCAUAAGUCUUGUCCUGGAGGCAGAACUGAGCGAUUUCCCUGUAGAUAGGCCAGCUACAAAGUCAAAAUUGGCUAUAUUGUAAAAAUUCAACAAAGCUUUUUGGUCUUCAUUUAAGGUUAUGGUUAGGCAUUAGGGUUAGCAGUGUGGUUAAAGUUAGGUUUAAGGUUAGGGUUAGGUUUAAAAUCAGAUUGUAUGACUUGUGGCUGUGCUAGCUAGUGACCACUCCGCAGAGCUGCCUCCAGAACAAGAUUCAUGACAAAAAACGCUAAACUGCUAUAAAUACAGCCAUCACUAUCAACAACCAUUACCAACAUGUAGGUCUACUGCCCCAAACAUGUACAUGUACUGUAUGUCUUGUCUUAGCAAAUGCAUGAGACGAGGCUGUGUAUGAUCGAAAACAAACAGCGUUGAAGCCUUCUCACACUAAAUAGCACUGUAUGAUGACUUACUGUAAAUGAAUCCAUGGGGAAUAUGGAAUGCAUUGUAAUGGAUACUAGGAUGAGGAAUUGCAUUAUAGAUUAGAUAGAGAUGUUCAUGUGAUUGAGGUAAUGUCUGCUGAAAGACCACUCGGAGACAACCAUAGAGUGACCAUAGACUCAGUGUGUAGGAUGAUUUCAGUAGUUAACCCUGUCAUUUACCUGGGUACUACUUCUUGUUCCUGCAGGUACUACUUUGUGGUGGAGGAGGACAACACCCCACUGUCUGUGACGGUGACACCAUGUGAUGCUCCUCUGGAGUGGAAGCUUACUCUGCAGGAGCUGCCUGAGGAGGCCAGCGGCGAGGGAUCAGGUAAACACCAAUUACACUAUAUACAAAAGUAUGUGGACACCCCUUCAAAUUAGUGCAUUCGGCUAUUUCAGUCACACCUGUUAUUGACUGGUGUAUAAAAUCGAGCACACAGCCAUGCAAUCUCCAUUGACAAACAUUGGCAGUAGAAUGGCCUUACUGAAGAGCUCAGUGACUUUCAACAUGACACCGUCAUACAAUGCCACCUUUCCAACAAGUCAGUUCGUCAAAUCUCUGCCAUGCUAGAGCUGCCCCGGUCAACUGUAAGUGCUGUUAUUGUGAAGUGGAAACAUCUAGGAGCAAAAACGGCUCAGCCGCGAAGUGGUAGGCCACACAAGCUUACAGAACGGGACUGCCGAGUGCUGAAAAAUCGUCUGUCCUCGGUUGCAACACUCACUACCGAGUUCCAAACUGCCUCUGGAAGCAACGUCAACCCAAUAACUGUUAGUCGGGAGCUUCAUGAAAUGGGUUUACAUGGCUGAGCAGCCGCAAACAAGACUAAGAUCACCAUGCGCAAUGCCAAGCUGGAGUGGUGUAAAGCUCACCGCCAUUGGACUCUGGAGCAAUGGAAACGCGUUCUCUGGAGUGAUGAACCACGCUUCACCAUCUGGCAGUCCGACGAACUAAUCUGGGUUUGGCAGGUGCCAGGAGAACGCUACCUGCCCCAAUGCAUAGUGCCAACUGUAAAGUUUGGUGGAGGAGGAAUAAUGGUCUGGGGUAGUUUUUCAUGGUUCGGGCUAGGCCCCUUAGUUCCAGUGAAGGGAAAUCUUAAAGCUACAGCAUACAAUUACAUUCUAGACUAUUCUGUGCUUCAAACUUUGUGGCAACAGUUUGGGGAAGGCCCUUUCCUGUUUCAGUAUGACAAUGCCCCCGUGCACAAAGCGAGGUCCAUACAGAAAUGGUUUGUCGAGAUCGGUGUGGAAGAACUUGACUGGCCUGCACAGAGCCCUGACCUCUACCCCAUCGAACACCUCUAACCCAUCAGUGCCCGAGCUCACUAAUGCUCUUGUGGCUGAAUGGAAACAAGUCCCAGCAGCAAUGUUCCAACAUCUAGUAGAAAGCCUUCCCAGAGGAGUGGAGGCUGUUAUAGCAGCAAAUGGGGGACCAACUCCAUAUUAAUGCCCAUGAUUUUGGAAUGAGAUGUUCGACGAGCAGGUGUCCACAUACUUUUGGUCAUGUAGUGUAUAUGGGAAUUUACAUAAAUAUGAUUUAUGGAACUAUUAGCUAAUGUAAAUGGGACUAUUACAAUGUAAUUAAGUUGUAAAACGUGCAAUAUAUGAUUGAUGUACAACAAGUACAUAAACAAUCAUUUCAGAAAUUCAUCAGGAUGAGCAGUAACUAACAUGGUUGUUACUUAACUAGUGACACAGUGUCACGAUCGUCUAAUGAGGGAGACCAAAGCGCAGCGCGUUGAGCGAACAUGACUUUAUUAAAUUAAAGUACUCACUACAAAAAACAACAAACAAUGACGAAUCGUGAAGUCCUCAGUUACAAUGACUGACAAGGAACAAAAACCCACAACACUAAGGUGAACACUGACAGUUUAAAUAUGGCUCCCAAUCAGAGAUAACAAGCCGACAGCUGACACUCGUUACCACUGAUUGGGAGUCACACGACUAAACAAGGAAACACAACCAAAUACAACACAACCAAUACCAAACACAACCAAAUGAACACACCCUGGCUCAAAAUACACAGUCCCGGAGCCAGAGCGUGACAGUACCCCCCCCUAAAGGCGCGGACUCCGACCGCGCCUACACCCCAAAUAGGGAAGGGCUGGGUGGGUAUUGCUCCUCGGAGGCGGCUCCGGCUCCGGGCUUGACCACCACCCUACUACAAUCCCCCCGUAGUGCCCCCAGUCCGAUCUGACCCAGUUAGCUGGAUCAGGACUGCCGACGCGCACCCCUGGCUUGGCGCGUGAGGCAGGAAUGGACCGGACCUGGCAGACGAUACGCACCCUUUGCAUGGUGCGUGGAGCCGGAACAGGCCUCACCAGGCUGAAGACUCGCAUCCCUGGCUUGGUACGAGUAGCAGGAAUGGGCUGAAUCCGGCUGACGACUCGCACCCUUGGCUUGGUGCGAGUAGCAGGAAUGGGCUGAAUCCGGCUGACGACUCGCACCCUUGGCUUGGUGCGAGUAGCAGGAAUGGGCUGAAUCCGGCUGACGACUCGCACCCUUGACUUGGUGCGAGUGGCAGGAACAGGCAGAAUCCGGCUGACGACUCGCACCCUUGGCUUGGUGCGAGUAGCAGGAACGGGCUGGACCAGGCUGGCGACUCGCACCCCUGGUUUGGUGCGAGUGGCAGGAACAGGCCGGACAGGGCUGACGAAACGCACCAUAGACUUGGUGCGGAGAGCAGGCACGGGCCGGACAGGGCUGGCGACGCGCACCACUGACCUGGUGCGGGGAGCUUGGAUGGGCCGGACUGGGCUGGCGACGCGCACCACAGACCUGGUGCGGAGAGCAGGAACGGGCCGGACAGGGCUGACGAAACGCACCAUAGACUUGGUGCGGAGAGCAGGCACGAGUCUGACAGGGCUGGCGACGCGCACCACAGACUUGGCGCGGAGAGCAGGAACGGGCCGGACAGGGCUGACGACGCACACCACUGGCUUGGUGCGGGGAGCUUGGAUGGGCCGGACUGUACUGGGGACACACACCACUGGCCCUACACCGGGAUCUGGAACGGGCCGGACCGGACUGGCAACACACGCCAGUACCUCUCGCCGUGCCUCUACUUCCUCCAUCCCCUCUUCGACCAGUGGCCCCCGUAACCCGACGGCCUCCUCCGGCAACCCACUGGACCGCUCUAUCGCGGCCUCCUGCUGGUCCGACGUCGUGAGCCCCCCCCUAAAAAUUUUCUGGGGUUCUCUCCUCUUCGUGGACCAGGCCUCCAUCGUUCUCGCCAGACUAUCACCCCACUGCUCCAAAGUCCAACCUCUCUCCUCUUCUCUUGGCUUGGCCCAGUCGAGACUCCUACUCAACUGCUCCCAAGUCCAUCCUCUCUCUUCUUCAUGCUGCUUGAUCUGGUUAAGGUGGGUUUUUCUGUCACGAUCGUCUAAUGAGGGAGACCAAAGCGCAGCGCGUUGAGCGAACAUGACUUUAUUAAAUUAAAGUACUCACUACAAAAAACAACAAACAAUGACGAAUCGUGAAGUCCUCAGUUACAAUGACUGACAAGGAACAAAAACCCACAACACUAAGGUGAACACUGACAGUUUAAAUAUGGCUCCCAAUCAGAGAUAACGAGCCGACAGCUGACACUCGUUACCACUGAUUGGGAGUCACACGACCAAACAAGGAAACACAACCAAAUACAACACAACCAAUACCAAACACAACCAAAUGAACACACCCUGGCUCAAAAUACACAGUCCCGGAGCCAGAGCGUGACACACAGUGUCUGAACUGGCCACAUUGAUGUCUGGAUUCACCACACCUGAUGUCUGUAGUCUGUGAAAAGGGCACAGAGCUCUGAGUAGAACAGACUGCCCUUGACUGGCUGGUUGGCUGGUUGGCUGGUUGGCUGGUUGGCUGGCAGACAAAUACAGUGUAUAAGUAAAGAGUUUAGAAUGUGAUUAAGCCCUCCUCAUUAAUCCCCCAUAAACAUCUUUAGAUAGCUAGGUACAAUAAUCCCCUUGUCCACUACUAACAUAUACUCCCUUUGUCCUUCAAAUGGAAUACCUCUCUCUCUCUCUCUCUCUCUCUCUCUCUCUCUCUCUCUCUCUCUCUCUCUCUCUCUCUCCCUCUCUCUCUCUCUCUCUCUCUCUCUCUCUCUCUCAUUCACACACACUCAGUUUCUCUCUCUCCAUCUGGACAGUAUCUUUGAAACACAAAAAAUCUAUCAACUCCCUCAAGCCCAGUCCCAUUAGAGCACAGACAUGGACUGCAGCGGUGGUUUUAGAGUGUGCAUAUGUGAGGGUGUGAAAGUACAUGUGUGCACGUGUAUGACUAUAUGUAUGCACAUGUAUCUCUGCCAGUGAAUAAAUGGGCUCCUUGCCUGAUACCACCUGCUUUUUUGAUGUUCACUGUCCUAAUAUAUUACAGAAUAGAGACUAAAUACUGUAACACAGUAAAACUCCAAUACUGUAAGUGCUACACAUGGCAUCUUAACAUAGACCAAGGAGCCAUUCACAUAUAGGCAGAAGGCGAUGUGUGUGCACUAGUUUCCAGUGAACACUGUAAAUACACAAAUGCAUAACCUCUCUGUCUAUUCAUCUUACUCCUCUGUUUGCUGAAUGUCUCAGCCUCAGAUUGGAUCUUUUAGCAUUAAUCUAGAACACUGUUGAGCCCACUCUCUGGAUGACAAACAUAAUAUUAUGGUUCUAAGCACAACUGAAAAAAGGCCUGGGACUGACUCCCUCAAGGAGAGGCUAAAAGGCGCCUCUUUGUAGCACAGCUUCCCAGGAAGGGCCAAGUGAAUAUCAGCCUGUGAUCUUUUGGGAUGUUUAGAGAUGUUUAGAGUGAAAGCAUGGCUGCUGGCUUGUGAGGGGCUAAUUGUCUGUGAGGCUCGGAGAGAGCUUCACCAUGACCUCACCAGGAUCAACACAUUAAAUGGGAAAUAUUUUGCCACCUAUGGAAAUGAUUUUACUUCAGGGCCAAACAUAAAAAACAAAAGCAUUAGGGGAGGUUAGCAAAGAUAUCUCAGGAGAUGAUGUGGUUGCUGUGAUAUGAAAAUAAGUCAUGUUAAUUCUUCCUGUGUCUCUGUGUGUUUUCCAGGUAAGCCGGAGCCCCUGGACCAGCAGAAGCAGGUGACAGUGGAUGAGGGCACAGAGCUCUUCUCCUACAAGGGGAACGAUGUGGAGUCUUACGUGGCUACCAGCUCUCCCUCCGGCCUCUACCAACUGGAGAUGCUCUCCACAGAGAAGGACAGCAACUUCAAGGUGUAUGCCACCACCACCCCAGAGUCUGACCAGCCCUACCCCGAGCUACCCUACGAUCCCCGGGUGGAUGUCACCGCGCUGGGCCAUACCACUGUCACUCUGGCCUGGAAGCCCACCCCCACAGGCGUUCUGAUGGGCCAGCCUGUCCAGUACUGUGUUGUCAUAAACAAGGAGCACAACUUCAAAAGCCUGUGUGCUGCCGAGGCUAAGAUCAGUGCUGACGAUGCCUUCAUGGCAGUUCCAAAGCCAGGCCGGGACUUCAGCCCCUUUGACUUUGCCCACUUUGGCUUUGUCCGCUCAAACAAUGACUUUAACAAGGACAGAGGUCUCACCAGCAACAAGAUCUCCCGCUCCUACACAGCCAAGCCCAAGGCCUCGGACAUUCAAAAAGUCUGCAUCGGCAACAAGAACAUCUUCACCGUGUCGGACCUGAAGCCGGACACUCAGUACUACUUUGACGUGUUCGCUGUGAACUCUGCCACCAACACCAGCACCGCCUACGUGGGCACGUUCGCCCGCACCAAGGAGGAAGCUCGGCAGAAGACGUUGGAGCUGAAGGACGGCAAAGUGUCUGAUGUCUUCAUCAAGAGGAAGGGCAGUAAGUUCCUACGCUUCGCCCCGGUCUCCUCCCACCAGAGGUUCACUCUGUUCGUGCACGCUUGUCUGGACUCUGUCCAGGUGCAGGUGAGGCGUGAUGGAAAGUUGCUGCUCUCCCAGAAUGUGGAAGGGGUACGGCAGUUCCAGCUGCGAGGGAAGCCCAAGGCCAAGUACCUGAUCCGUCUGCGAGGCAGCAGGAAGGGAGCGUCCACCCUGAAGGUGCUGGCCACCACAAAGCCCAGCAGCAAGCAGCCCUUCCCCUCGCUUCCCGAGGACACGCGCAUCAAGGCUUUCGACAAGCUGCGUACCUGCUCCUCUGCCACUGUGGCCUGGCUGGGAACGCAGCACCGCAACAAGUACUGCGUCUACAGAAAAGAGGUGGCAGAGAGCUAUGGCGAGGAGCAGCGGCGGCGCGAGCAGAACCAGUGUGCCGGGCCCGAGACGCGCAGGAAGUCAGAGAAGGUCCUCUGCAAGUACUUCCACAGCCCCAACCUGCAGAAGGCCGUUACCACGGAAACCAUCACAGGGCUGGAGCCGGGCAAGGCCUACCUGCUGGACGUUUAUGUUGUGGGCCACAGUGGUCACUCAGUAAAAUACCAGAGCAAACUGGUGAAAACAAGGAAAUACUGCUAAAAGACUGCACAGAAUAAAUCUAUUAUAAAUAUAUAUAUUAAAAAAGUUUUAUUUAACUCUAAGUGAUAUUCUACUAAGGAGUGUAUACAGACCGACUACUCACACAGCUGAUGGGCCUGUGGCAGAGACUGAACUGUUUGUAGAGAGAGAUAUCAACCUGUAUAUUUAUGUUUACAUUUCAUUGUUGGCACGUUUUUGGGGCGAUCCAUAGCGAGGUGCUCUGUCGCCUGUGCUUGGGGACCUAGCAUCUCGUUGCCAACGGGGACACUUCAGAGCUUCAGAAAAGAGACUGUUUCAUCUUGUGUGUUUCUUUGUUGCUGCAUGACUCUUGCGUUCGUCUGUCAAAAUGGGUUGUUCCUUCAGUUUCAAUUCACGUUGACCUGCAGAGAAACAAUAGCUACCAGCCUUGUAUAGUUCUCUCAGUGCCUCUUUUGGUUUGAUUGUUUGAUUUAUUGGUGAUGAUGACUAUUACUGUUAUGAGGAAAUUCAAAAUCUAUGCGGAAAUUGUCAUUGUGGAGACAUUCCCUCUCAGCCAGUGUGCACUCUAGAGCCCGUCUGUAAAUGUGUUCUGUGCUGGAGGUCUGUGUUAUCACUGUAUCACUGUGUGUGUCACAUGUACAGAGUUGCCCUGCCAAUAUUCAUGUACAUAAACACUAAAUAUAGAACAAGUAAUCCCUGUGUCACCCUGGGUGUCAUGUUCUUCUGUGGGCUAGUUAACAUCACAUAGAUAGAUGGAGGGUGUCAGACAGCAGUGUAUCGGCAGAAAGGAGGAUAUAUAG